AUGAGAGCCACGGAGUUCUUGUUCCGCCGUCAUCCUCUACGAGUGUUUAAGCCCCAACGGAUCUCGUUUCCUGCUCGAGCACCGGUCAACUUCUUUGCGACUGCGCCACCAGCGAAUGGUGCUAGGAACGAGGGACACAAGAGCCACGCAGAGCCCUUCGAUGCGUUCAGUGAACCUGCGUACAAGGCGCAUUUCCUCGAGUCCAAGGACGUUCACCCGCUUCACCCCACAGCUACAAGCGGUGAGCCAGUGUGGGACCACCCGAUCAAACACACCGUGUACGAUCUGGACAAGAUCACCGUGAUGGAAGAGACCCACCAUCCUGUGGCCACGAUGAGCGAGCGGGUAGCGUACCUCGCUAUUAAGACGCUCCGUGUGGGCUUCGACAAGGUGACCAGAUAUCGUGGUCCAGGAGGGGAGAUGACGGAGAGAGAUUGGCUUCACCGUUGUCUCUUCUUGGAGUCCAUUGCUGGUGUCCCUGGUAUGGUAGGAGGUAUGCUACGUCACCUACGCUCGCUACGUCGUAUGAAGCGAGACUAUGGAUGGAUCCACACUCUUCUGGAAGAAGCCGAGAAUGAACGAAUGCACUUGCUCAUCUUUUUGCAUCUCAAGCAACCGGGUUGGUUCUUCCGGACGCUUGUGAUUGGAGCUCAAGGAGUGUUCUUUAACGGCUUUUUCCUCACGUAUUUGGUGUCACCAAAGACUUGUCAUCGCUUUGUGGGGUAUCUGGAGGAAGAAGCAGUGAAGACAUACACGUAUCUGCUGCAGGAUAUCGAGGAUGGCCAUCUGGACGGCUGGAAGCAGAAGCAGGCGCCGCUCAUUGCUCAGACGUACUACAAGUUACCUGAAGGUAGCAACAUUUACGACAUGAUCAAGUGCAUUCGGGCAGACGAGUGCAACCACAGAGAUGUGAACCACAAGUUUGCGGAUCUGGAUCAAAACAAGGGCAUCAGUCCGUUCGUGAAUAACCACCACUAA